GAUCCACUACCAGAAGAAGUUGGUUGCGAGAAGGAUUUACAGUUAUGGAAAGCCUUUGGAUACUGUUAGAGUGCGCGUGUAGGAUUCUUGGAAUUUCUACGGCAACAGUUUUGUGUGGAGUGGGGAUUGAGACUAUACAACAAGGACAGUUCACCAGCCUUGGCAUCUACCUACUAGUCGCAUCAGCUGGGAUCAUGUUGUUUGAAAUGGCCUUCUUCCUGGACACUAUUCUGCUCACGUGUCUCAUCUGUCCUCCAGACUGGCAGAUCUUUGUACUGUGGGGUAAAAUGGCUCGUGUUGGAGGGUUCCAUAAGUUCCUUUAUUACUCCAUAAUGUCUGCGGUCUGCUUCCUGCAUCCUGUAUUGGUCUGGCAUGCAACCAUACCAGGUACAAUGCUACUCGUGACCGCCUUUUUCAACUUCAUAUUAAGCAAGAAACCUAAAGGUUCCAUAGAUAAACAUGAGAGCGGCAGUGACCAAAACCUGACCACUGUGUGUAUCACGGAGCAAAGUGACAAAUCCUUCUCGUUUCUUAAAUUGGUGUGGCGCAGCAGGAAGGAAGACAAACUGGCCCUGAUAAAGAGUGAAGAGGAGGAGGACCUUGGUUCAUGUGAGAGAGGGGACAGUAUCCAGACCAUGUUAACGCCCAAACAUAAAGGUAGAGACUGGGAGCGGGAACUUGUGUGUUUUCAGGGCAGUAAAGAGGAGCCCCUGGAGGAGAUGGACAAGUCAUGUGACACAACCUCAGACACAACACGCAUGAUCUUAGACUGAUACUUCCUCU